GCGGGAUCCCCCAAGCGGAAAUGUUCGGCAGCGAGUGCGGCUGGAGGAUUUAAAGGGCCGUUACUUGAGAGCGCGCAGACAAAUGAACGAUCUACCCGCCGCCGCCAACAUGAAAGUCACAUCCAUAGACUCCCGGCGGCUGCACCGGCUCCUCAGGAAAGAUUUCUCCCGCUGCCUCGUGCUGGACUGCCGCCCCUACCUGCCCUUUUCCGCUUCCAGCGUUCGGGGGUCUCUCAACGUCAACCUGAACUCGGUGGUGCUGCGCAGAGUUCGGGGGGGGUCGGCGCCCCUACAUUUCGUGGUACCAGAAGAGGAAGCCCGGACUAGACUGAGGGAGGGUCGCGUGUCGGUGCUGGUGGUCGUGGAUGAGCGGAGUCACAUGUGGCAGAAGCUGAAGAAAGAGGCGACAGCCCGGAUAGUCCUGAACACACUGGGGAGUCUUCCCUCGGGGCCCCGCAUCUGCUUCCUAAAGGGGGGAUACGAGUCAUUUCACGCCGAUUACCCCGAAUGCUGCGUUGAUCAGAACCGCUGUCCGCAGGAGGAGAAUGAGGCCGAGAGAAACCCCCUCCUGGGGGAGAGAAUGACUUCCUUGCCCAAACCCUCAUAUGAUCAGGGCAGCCCUGUUGAGAUCCUUCCGUUCCUAUAUCUCGGCAGCGCCUAUCACGCUUCCAAAUGCGAGUUCCUUGCGAAUCUGCACAUCACCGCCUUACUCAACGUCUCGCGGAAGAGCUCGUCGGACUUCUGCAGAGAGCAGUACACGUACAAGUGGAUUCCGGUGGAAGACAACCACACGGCGGACAUCAGCAGCCACUUUCAGGAGGCCAUUGACUUUAUUGAUAGUGUAAAGCGUGCGGGAGGACGAGUCCUUGUCCACUGUGAGGCCGGCAUCUCCAGGUCUCCUACUAUUUGCAUGGCCUACCUCAUGAAGACCAGAAAGUUCCACCUCGAGGAAGCCUUUGAAUACAUUAAACAGCGGAGGAGCCUUAUCUCCCCUAACUUCAGCUUCAUGGGGCAGUUGCUGCAUUACGAGUCUGAGAUCUUCUCUCCCAAAGUCCUCGCCCCCGUCGUUUCCUGCAAGAGGGACUCUGUCUCUUUCUUCUCCGAUGAACUCUGUAUGGCAAAGAGUUACGAGGGCUCUUGUUUCACUUUCCCCACAUCGGUGUUGUCCCCUGUUCCUCUCAGGUCUCCGGUGCACCAACUUAAACUGAGUCCCAUCACAGCGACGUCUUCCUGCUGAUAUUUCAAGUCUUAUCUGCUGUUUAACAACGAGACUCUGUAGUGGGAUGAGGAGUAAUGGAUGUGCAAUAUCACGUAGUCUGGUUUAAUUUCCAAGAAACCGCACUCAUGCCAAUAAAUAAGGAAAACUCCAGUUAUGUCUGAACUGACAUAGAACCUUCAUCCAAUGCUUUAAGGACUGUCAGACACUUGUACAAACCAAAGCUCUGUCGCUGCAGGGUACAUUGUAGAAUUGGACUGAUCCAAAUCUGGCUGAAUUCUACAUGAGAGAUAUUUAAAGGUGAUCCCUUUAUUGGCCGCCUGACUGAAUGCAAGAGCUCCACACUCGUCCUACAUGAUAAUAUAGUUUUACCAGGGCUGUAGUGUGGAAAGGCGAAGGUUUGUCUAUAGAAGUGGCCUAUAGAAAACAGCCAGUCUCUCUCUGCAGUAGAGUUUGUCUCCCUGGCACAAGGCAAUAGCCAUAUUAGGCUAACAUUGCAGGGUGUAGUGCCCUCCUCAAUAACAUUCAGGGAAAAAUACAUGGUUACUUAGCUUCCAUACAAUUCACAGCUGAUUUCUGCCCUACACUUGAAUAAUAAUAAUAUUAUCGUAUGGUUUAUUAGGCAAUUACAGAAUUCACCUGGCACAUAAUCUGUCUUGUGAUUUCACCAAUAACCUCCCUACAAUAUAACCUCACAGUGUGCAACUAUACCAUGUGCAGAGAAGAUGGAGACUGCCUGUUGAACUAGAGCAUUGGGUACCAUCUAACAAGAACCGCACCAAAACAUUUAACCUCUUCCAUGCCAGUCCAAUACACCCCAAAGCAGCCCGUUACUGCUACAAAUGUAAUCUCCAAUUACCCUCAUGCUUGUACCAUCCAAGUUCAUUAAUAUCUUAAUGCUGCAUAAACAAAAACCAAAACACAUGGAGCUGUUCUUAUAAAGGAGACUGCCCUAUCUGGCCAGGGAUUUGAUAUGUUGGCUGUGGGAGAUACUAAGUGGCCAGAAUCUUUAAACACUGGAUUGUUUUGCUGGAAACGCGUACAAAGCAAUUGCAUUCGUUGUCGUUCUGAGAGCCAGCAUUUGCUGCUGCUUCUCAUUGUAGGCAAUAAGUUACUGCUAAAUGGGUAUAAAUAUAUAUUUGGUUUAAUGUUUCUUUUUUUAUUGUGCCAAUAAAGAGUUUUUAUAUAUAAAA